GCUGUGAAAGAAAGCAGGCAGCGGCACACUUGGUCUUGAGAGGUGAUGGCCUUGGAGAACCAUUUUCCAUUCCCCUACCAACCCUCCUUGGAUUGGGAUCCACAAUUCAUGCCUUUAGCUUUGGAGCCUCCCAUGUCGUCGCAGACCUCGACCGGUUACUUGCAAGAUGCAGUGGCAGAGUGGACCGACCAGUGCAAGCGGAGACGAGUAGCUUCGUCCCCAACUCAUGAUUCGACAGCCACGACCGAUGAGCUCCAAGAUCUUCUUCAAGCAUACUUCAAUUAUAUAUGCAUGGGGUUUUGGGGUUCAAACUGUUAUGGAGAUCCCACGCAUGAUUUGAACUGCAUGCUGCAAGAUAAUACUAUCGUCCCAGAUGAUGAUGACCCACUGAACGUGAUGCUGAAGGCCAAAACACAAAUGACCGAGACACAACUCACACGAGAGCCACUCGCCUCUUCCUCCGCCUCCUCCCAUGAGGAGCUGCUGUCCUCCACAGAACCACAUGGAAAGGAUCUCCAUCAGCCAAGAGACGCAAAACCUUCUCUUCCGACACCUAAAGAUAAACCGCUUGCCAUAAGAGAAUGUGGCAUGAGGCAAUUCAAGAAGAACAAGGCCAAGGUGAUCGUGGUGCACCCCUUCGCUGUCGUGAAGCCCGGGGGAGUGGAGGGGGAAGUCACGCUCGAAGACGUCAAUGCGAGGGUUCUAAUGCGCCCGAGACGGCCUGUCCGCCACCCGGUGGGGGAGUACGCACACGGUCCUUGUGUGUCGCCGGACGGCCCUGGCCUUUCCGGGAAGGCGGUUGUAAGCCUCACAAGGAUCCAAACACAAGGGAGGGGCACAAUAACCAUUGUAAGAACAAAAGGAUGAAGUCCCGUUGACCACUGCAUCCAUCAUCAUAAUGAUUGUAUAUGCGUAGGUUAAUUGUUCUCGUAAUGUAGCAGUAGUUUUCCA